AGUUCAUCUUCGACAGUGUACGUUUAGGUUUGUCCAGCUCCGCAAAUAUUCUCCAAAUAGCAGAUGUCGCCCUUCGAGUUGUCUUCUUGCUGUUCUUGCCAUGUUUUUAGCUAUUUUUUUGCCUAAUUCUUACUCUUGAAACGAGUGAAAUGUCCGCCAUUUUUUCAAGUUCACAACCAAAACAACUCAACCUCGUCCCCAGGUCCUCUCGGUUAACGGUGCCUUAACCUAAAACCUGCACGAACGUUAGCACGAACGCUGCAUUUUUGACGUCAUUUCCUCGUUAAAGUCAAAUUUUUUCCAAAUUUGGUCAUCGGUAACUGGUUAUGGUGAAUUAAGCGUCUGCUUUUAGCCAAUCAGAAACGGGGAAAUAUUUUGAAUGAAUAAUAAUAACAAUUAAUUAUUUUCAGGCGCUAUAUCUGCCGUACAUUCUCAAAUUGAGUAUCACAAAAAGGGAUGCUGUACCGACAGUUACAUUUUAUCCUAACCUACAAAGCAACAGGCAGUCUCAGAAUUGACCGACAAAACGACAGCGUAUCCCCCAUCCCUACUCCCUCGGAGGCCUCUAUUGUAGUUGCUGAGUAAUGCAGAGGUUCCAGAUUUGGUCUCAUAACAUAGACGCUUGUAUUCUAUCCAACAGAGUGUGUUCAAAACUUGGUAGAUGUUGAUGAGAGGAAAUUUAUUAAAAUUCGAAACCUGGAGGGAAGAAAAUAGUGACCCAUCUCCUCACAAAAGACAGAUUCCUUUCCACUGCACUUAGGAAUAUACAUAUUUUUCGUUUUUUGCCAGGUGACCAUUAGUCUAAACAUUUGUGCUACCAUAGCGACUGCCAUGGGACCCAAUGUCAACAGACACUUAAAGAUCCUUGGUCCUGGUAUAUUUAGCACUCUAGCAGAUGCUAAGGUAAGGAGAAUACAAUUCACGCAAGUGAGUGUUAAGUGAGGGCACUGCUUAUGGGUUGUUUAGUUUAGUGGUUAUUCAUAUGCAGAGUCCGUUCAAGUAAAUAAGGAAUUUGUUUUUUCUCAUGUCACAGAAUGCUGUAAGAGCUGCUGGAAUUGCUGCUUUGAAUGCUUGGCACAAGGAAAUUGGAUUAGUAUCGUUCAUUGAAGGAGAAGUCAUCUUUGGUGCCCUCAGUACAGAGAAUCCUAAUUUAAGAACAGAGGUAUGAAUAAAAUAUGUUAUAGUGAUAAAACUGUUUCUGGCCAACUCUCUAAAAAUUUUUCUGGUCAAAUUAAGAACCUGUGACCCAGAGUUUUAGUUCCUUUCGUUAAAAAGUUGGAACCAUUUUCUACUGUUUGUUUAACUGAUAUACACAGUCCCAAUAGUAAAACUACCAUGAGUUCUGUAUUGAUAAAGCAAUCGUUGAAAAAAAAAAGUUAUUUUCUCAAAAGCAAUUUUUUAAAUCAACCAAUACCAAUCCGCGACCGUAUUUAUCUUCCUUUUGGGAAAAUCUUUUGUGUUAAUUCAUAAUAAAUCUGGCUUAAAUAACCAGAAUGACCAAUCCAGAUUUGACCGUUUCAUUUAUCUUUUUUUGAUGAUUGGACUAAAAAUAACAGUUAUCAUUUUUGAAAACAAGAAAAAGAAACCUGGGUUGAUUUUAAUCCCGGGUUAAGCGCUAAUCGGCUUUCGAACAACUGGGCCCAGAGAAAAAACUUAGACGUAGUUUACAAACUCUAGUUACAUUUCCUUAAAAAGAGAACGGUACUUAAAAAAAUUGGCUGAACUUUGGGUUAGACUUGACGGAUCGUUAUACGUAUCUGGGAAUCUGCCCUUACCCCUCCCCUAAGCCAACAUUUUGCCCUAACUUAGAAGUAAGUGUUAAUGUUGGCUUAGGGGAGGGGUGGGUGGUUAGUAGGAACCAUACCUGGGGUGGUUUUUGCUGUUAACCAGCACAGAUACACAAACGUUUUGUGUCCUUUAUAUUAAAGGUGUUAGGCUGGCUGGAGGAGAAGUUGCCAAAUGAGAAGAACCUGACAAAAGACUUAGUCACCUUAGUUGUACCUUUGUUUUCAUGCCUGGAGGAUCGCAGCGGUGAUGUGCGUAAGAAGGCUCAGGCUGUUGUACCUCUGAUGAUGCAGCAUGUUGGCUGGGAUGCCAUGAGCAAACAGGCUAAUAAACUCAAGGUAACAUAUUUAAGGUUCUUCUUUGUAUAAAGCUUCGGUGAAAGUAAUAGUGUCCUCAGUUAGUUAGCCUCCGUUGCAGCCAGACUUGUCAUUCGAGACCCAGAUAGAGAACUUGACAUCAGGGAUUUAGACUGUUUGCGACGCAGGCUACAGUUAGUACGUUAGUGCUUAAUACAUUGACAUUAAAAUAAAGUGCAUUAACUUUUUUCCAUGCAAACAACACAGCUAAGACAGCCAAAACAUUGUGGUGGCCUGCCUCUUUGGCAAGCUCUUUAAGCCAUAAGUCACUCCUUGCAAACGUGAUGGAAACAACCCCUGGCCUUCAAUUGCCUCAAGUUUAAUUUCGCCUUAACUCUGAUUAGCCGCAAUAACAGGCCGUUGUUGAUGAUAUAUUUUAACUCGGGCAUUAUGCAAGAACAGCCCCUCAUCAAUUGCUUACUUUAGAAACAAUAAGGGAACGGGGCCGAGUUAGCUUUUGCAAGGACUUUUGGAAUCGUUACUGGGGCUGCGCCGGUCAGCUAGUGGCCAAUUUUUUUCCCUGUCCCCAGUAACAAUCCCAAAAGGACUUUUCGGGGAUCGUCACUGGGGGCUCCCGCGCCCCCAUCCCUAAACCCUGGUCACCCUAACCCUAACCCUUCGCCCCCAUUUUUUUCCUGUCCCCAGUAACAGUCCCAAAAUUUUGUGCGAAAGUUAAUUAGGCUCAGCUGUCAGAGUUGGAAUGUCAUUAUGCUAAAAUAAAUAAAUGCUCCGGUCAUAAUUUCAGCCUGCGUCCAAGUCUAAUAUUAUGCCAAUGCUGGAGAAGGCAAGAGCAUCUCUUCCUGAACCAACAAAAGGACCAAGCAAGUCAGCUAGUAAACCUGCAGCCGGAAAGGCUCAAGCAGAUUCGUCAUCCACAGCAUCAGCUGGAGGUGCUGCUGCAUCUUCCACCUCAUCUGCGCCUUCUGAUAGUAAUGCUACCAGUCGGAAACCUAAAUCUGGAACCAAACCGCCUGCAGAAACCAAGGCAAGUGGAAAUAAGCCCGACUCAAAUCCCUCCAUCUCCCCUAAGAACCAUGUAUAUGACACGAAAUUUGUCGAAACUGAUUUUGGUCCAUAGACAAGUUUGGUUAACUAAUCUGAACUUUAAAAAUAUGUCUUCCAUAAAAACGUCUUGAAUUCGGGCCUUCCAAAAACUGCUUUUUCCCCUUGCCAUGUGUGGUCAGUUCGUUUACUCAGCCUUCGCUUCCUAUUCUGAUCAUUCUAACGUGAACUCUGAACGAAUAACUUUAACGGGUAUAAAAUUCCCAAUGUAUUAAAUUCUAACGUGACUCUGAGGCUUUAGGGUCAAAAUUCCAAAUGUUUCACCGCUACAUUAUCUCGCAAUUUCCAGAAGAGACUUGAGCACAAAGAAUACCAAACCAAAUGUAGAAAAAUGACCAGAACCUUGGAGUCAUGUUAAAAUUUUAAUGUAUCGAACGUGGGCUAUUGGGAAGUUUACGAAAAUGGAAAUCUUUCGUGUUUGCCGCCAUCUUGUUAGUUAUUCUACAUUCUCGCAAAUCAUUCUACGUCAUACUUUUCAAUAUGGCCACGCGAUGGGGCAGACAGUUUUGAAGGCAAAUUCGCGUGUUUCGAAGACGAAAAAAAAAGGUCAGUUUCCAAGAUUAUUGAGUAAAAACGACAAAAAGAAAGGUCGUGUCAUAUACACUUUAAAUGAAAGCUCAAAAUCAUUACAGACAAUACCUCCUUGUAUCUUUUACUGUGGAACCACACCUUAUGACUUCUUUUUUCUGGCCCUAACAAAAAUCAAGUCGCUUCUUUUUUCUGCUGUCGCGUUUGUGAGUCCACCAAUCCUUACUCAUUUUUUGUAACCUUCUUAUCAGCAGUCAUCCAAGAAGUCAGCUUCAGCAGAUGUAGAUGAAGGUCCUGCUCUGUCGAAAUAUAAUGGUAAAGAUGCCCGGUUCAAGGAUGAAAAAGAUCUCAAGGUAGGCUUAUUGUUGGAAAUUCCGCCUUGGACUUAAGGAAGUAACCGUCUUGUAACGACAGCAAAAGUUUCAUUGUAAAAGGAACACAGAGAAAAAGACAAAGCAGCUCAUAAUUUUUGUCCACUCCAGAGUACUACACCAUUUUCUGAAAUAACACGUUCAGAUGUCAAUUACCGGUGUGGAACCACUUCCCUUUUGUCACUUGUGAAGUCAUCAUUUUAAACGGUCAUUUACACUUUUGACAAUUGAAUUGUGUAGAGGAAAGACUCCCGGAGAUCUUUCGUACCAAAUCCAAAUGAGCCUGAGAAAGGUACAAAACUUUUGUAACCAGGGCUGUGUGUCUCUGAACCUGUGCAAUCCAGUGUGUCCAGCAUAUCAUUUUUAUGACAAAACUUAGAUUUCGUAGUUGCCUGAGAGCAACAGUAAUAUGAACAUCACUUGGCGAUACUAUUAGACAGUCACUGUGGUUAUUCCAAGCUGGAAGAUGAUGACUGAUGUUAAGGGCUUCUUCAUCUUUGUUUUCAGGCUCUAAAAUGGAACUUCACCACUCCCAGAAAUGAGUUUGUUGAUCAGCUCAAGGAACAGAUGAGGCCAUGCUGUGGACAAACACUGCAUGCAAACUUGUUUCACAAAGAUUUCAAGUUCCAUCUGAAAGCACUCGAGACCUUGCAACAGGUAGAUUUUUAGUUUGAAAUUAUAUUUACCCAUUAAGCAAGCUUAAAGGAGCUAUAUCAUGCUGUGUGCUAAGUUCUUAAAAAGCUAAACCUUUUUUUCGCAUCGAUUGAAUUUCAAAAAUAAUGGUUUUGGUGUUGAAACGGCCGUUAUCUUGCCGAAGUGACUACGUUGCUGCUCAUACUAAAGCUCCAAAAGGUUAAUGUUUUGAUAGAAACUUAGGUUUAUUAUUUUAUUUUUUCUUUCUUUGGUUCCCAGGGACAGUAUCCCCUUUUCAUGGUGCACACACGUUGCAUCACAGAAAGCUUCGACUCUUUUUUUUGGGAUGGGUGGGUACGGGGGGGGGGGGGGGUGUUUUUAUGGAUGGUACCUUAUAUCGCCAAGUAUUCCUCCAGGGCUUAGAACAGUGUAGAGAAAGAAGACAUCUGCAAGGAAUAGUGGGAUCCAAAAGGAUACACGAGUAAUUAAGCAAUUUUCUGAUGUUGUGAUCAAAACGUUUUGUGGAAAAAAUUCCUUUAAAUUGGAUGGCAGUGCCCUCAAAAUAUCAUAGUCUCACUUUCUAACAGACCGUGUCCGAGUUGCACCAAGCCUCUGUUUCAAAGCGAGGCUAAGUGCAAAGCCAUUAUUCCUAGGCAAGUAAAACUCAUUUUCUCAAGUUGCCUUGUUUUGAAAGGGAGAAUUUUUGGAAUUCGGAAAUGGCCUAUGUCAAGACCCGCAGUGAUAUUUCCUUGGUUUUGUUUUAGUGUGCCACUCCUCCCACAGAAGCACCAUUUCAGACUGAGCUGGUCCAGUCAUUGGAUUUGAUCUUGAAGUGGGUAACGUUACGUUUCUUUGACACCAACACCACAGUGCUGAUCAAAUGCUUGGAGCUCUUGGACGCUAUCUUUGUCAUGCUUGCGCAGGCAGAUUAUCAGUUGCUGGAGUUCGAGGCUUCUAGUUUUAUUCCUUAUCUUGUUCAAAAGGUGAGGUGGAGAUCGCUUUAAGACAACUCCGUUUUCUUUUCUUAUUAUAAUUAUUAAUACAACAGUUACCUCAGAAGGAUUCAUACUAGUAUGACCUCUGUCGUUUGCUGAGCACUAAGGCGAGGCUGUUUUCAAGAAAACUUGUGAAUCUAGUAAGCCUAAGAGCUGUGACGUUAUGAAAUCUAGGAUGCUCCGCCCUUUUGCCUUGAGGCAAAAGUCAGUCGCCUGGCUGUCACUAGGAUUUUAAGUUGCUGGGUUCCUGAAAUAAGUAGGGCGGGAAUCAAACAGCCUGGGGUUUCUUUUGUUCGUUUUGUUUUUUCUACAUUUUGCCACGGAAGUAGGCAGGGGUCACGUUAAAUGUUCACAGUAGCCGCGGAAAAUCCCCUGUUCCCGACACCUUAUGACAGCGCUAAAUCGCUGCUAAGACAAAUUUUUAGAAUCCGCCCAGUACACGAAAGUUAAAGGGGUUUGGACACACAUCACGAUUAGCAGAGAUUUACAGUAGAAUCCUGCAACGCAUAGUGCAGGGAGGGUGAAGGAGGGGAAGAGUAGACAGAAGAAUCGAAGGAAAAACUGCAUCUCAGAAUGGAUAGGCUUAAAGCUCAGUGACGCGCUAAUAUAAGAGAGAAUGCAAACAGAGAGGUGUAGGGAUACGGUUGCCAGGUCUUCUGUGGCGCCUCAUUGGUCAUCCUGUCAACGGGAUAGGUACAGGUACUGGUGAAGUCAAAGGGCACAGACACUGUGAUAGGUGGAGUUUGUCCCCCUGCAGACAAUCGUGAGAUCUGACAAGCAAAAAGACUCCCCAUGGAGUAAGUUGCACGUCUUAGUUUAAUACGUUUUGUCGUAUUUAUUUUUAUUUGCAGGUUGGUGAUCCAAAAGAUGUAUUGAGAAAAAUGAUUCGCAAUCUUUUGAAACUUCUAAGAAAGAUCUAUCCAGCAAGCAAGCUGUUUAACUAUAUCAUGGAAGGCAUUACAUCAAAGAACAAGAAUACGAGAAUGGGUAGGUGUAGAUAUGUGUUUGUUUAAGCUCUCGUGCCAGAGUCAUCUUAAGAACUGUCUUAUUCUUUUUCCCUCUUUUCUACACCUCCUUACUGUUGCAUUCAACAUAUAUUUAUUAGGUUUAAAUGCGUUGAAACUUUGUUCCCCCCAAAAAUGGUUCAGACGCACCACAAUGUUGCAGUGCUGCAAAUAACUUUCGGUCAUUGUACAAUGUCCGCGCCUACCGUGCAAACAUUAAUUUUGAAGUUGCUUAUAUUGUCCUUUAUUACGUCCACCAAUGGUGGCUUUGCGGCACAAAUGUCCUUUCAAGAAAGAAAAAUUCUUUUCACCUCUGAAGUUAAGUGGAUGACUUUGUUUGAUCCGUUAAACGGACCCUAAGGGCCUGUGUACAAGGAGAGAGGGUUACUCUAGCAAGCGGGUUAAAGUUAGCUCUGGUUUACCAGCAAAUUUCACUGGUAGGGUUACACUAUCACCUGGCUCAACGUCAUCAGCUUUACAUUGUUCAGAUGUUUAUAAUUUAGCUCAGAAAUUGGAUAACCCCGUUUAAAUUGUCAAGAUUACUGGUGACGUAUGAUAAAGGAAAGUUGUCCCGGGAAGGCGAGUUAUCCCUAACAGACGUUUACAAGGCAGGUAGGGUAACCCUCUCCUCUUGCAAGGGUAACCCUAGCACCAUGGUUACCCUCCCUCUUGUAAACAGGGCCUACGACCUAGCUCCCUGUGUUAAACUUCAAGGGAGUGUCAUUUCCAAAUGGCAAGACCCAUGUCCCUUUUCAGUCUCCGGAUUACAGUAAUAACUGAGUAAGAUCCUCCAACUUAAUUUCUCUGAUUGUCGCAGAAUGCCUUGAAGAACUGGGGUCUUUGAUCCAGGUGUAUGGCAUGAAUGUGUGUCAGCCCACUCCCCCCAAGGCAAUUGCUGCCAUUGCUGCUCAGAUCGGUGACCGAGAUAAUGGCGUCAGAAAUGCUGCUUUGAAUGCUGUUGUGGAAGCUUAUUUUCUUGUCGGAGAGAAGGCGUGUUUCAAGUACUGUUCACAGGUGAGCUUUUUAAAUUCACAAUAUCAUAACUUUGUUCACCUUUCUGCUUUAAGAAAUUUCUCCGUUUACUGCUUGGUCAGAAGUCGGCAUUGCGUUUUUCAUCAAUUUCGUUCACAGUUUCUCUUCAUCAUGCGCGCUGAUAGUUACAUUAUCACAACCCCGCAAAAAAUCUAGCCCACACUUCAUGCAAGAUGGUGGCCAAAGUUCCUAGCUUACCACAACACCAAGCAAUUUGAAACUAAACCAACCACGAAAGAACUUUCCAUACUCAUUUGACCUCCUCUGUAAAAUGGACAUUUUGAAAUCAAUCCUUAUCUGCUAAUGUGCAAGCAUCAAAAUCUUCCCACUUGAAAAUGUAAAUUGACUCUUUCUCACACCUUACUGGUGUAGUAUAUCUGAACUUAACUGAGAAGGAUGUGUAGAUGUGAAUUCAGUAGUUCCUUUAUGAGCCGCAUAAAUUUGUCAACUUGUUUUCUUGAACAGCUCUCGGAUAAAGACCUUGCUUACCUCGAAGAGCGCAUUAAACGGUCGUCCAAGAAUAGACCCAGUACCGCUCCGUCUGAAAAUACAGCUGCUAAGAGCAGUGCUGCUCCACGUGGAGCAGGUGACUCAGCUGAUGGCACCAAGAAAAACUUAAAGGAAGAGAAAAAAUCUGCCAAAUCUCAGAUGACCAGGUUAUUAUUAUUAUUAUUAUUUUGUAAUUGAUAUUAACGCUUUCGCACCAUGUUUAUUCUAUUAAGGUGUGUUGGAUUGACCGCAUCACGCAAUAAGAACUGUGAAUUGUGGAUAGCGUGACAGCCCCUUUAUUUUGAUUUUAUUCCCGAAUCUCUCUCCAAAUGUCUGAUUUUUUUAGGUGCGCAUGCUCACCUCUUCUGCGGAACUGCAGCGAAAAGGACUGGGCACCUUACGAAGCCCAAGUAUACGCCAUGGCAGCAUGAACGACUGCUGACAUGCCGGAAGACAUGAGUGGCAACCAGAAGGUUGUUUUUUUUUUAUGAAACGCUUUUCCAUACACAACAAGCUUUAAAGUUUGUGUUUUAACCCCUAUAGUAAUAUGAUUGGCAGAGAGAUAAACUAACUGAAAGAGAGGGGGGAAAGCACUUCACCUGCGGUUGUGAUUCGCCACCUUUGUCGUUGCUUAAAGGGAACCUCCACUCUUACUACAGAAUAAGUUUAGAUCGAAUAAAAUUAUGUUGAUAAACAAAUUUGUUCGAAAUUUGUCCUUUAAAAAAGUGUUUAUAUCAGGAAAAGUGAAUUUUAAAAUCGCUCAUUUCACUUUCAAAUUUCGCGGGCGCCGCCAUCUUGAAUAAUUGUGACGUGUUACGGUUGCUCUAUUGUCCUGACACAAAGAGCUUUUGUUUAAUAGCAAUAGGGCAACCGUAACACUUCACAAUUAUUCAAGAUGGCGACGCCCGCAAAAUUUGAAAACAAAAAUAGGCGAAUCUAAAAGUUAUUUCUUUCGUAUACAAACGCUUUCUUUAAAAAUAUUUUAGAUUGACUUGACUGUAACAGUUAUUUCCUGUGAUUUAAAGUUAUCUUUUUGUUGAAGUGGAGGUUCCCUUUAAGGUGGCCAUUGGGUCAUUAACCACUCAUCCAGCCUUUGUUUUGCCUACAGACCCGCUACAGCCCCAGCGCCACGACAGGAGAAUAUCCGCCGUGAGUUUAGUUUAGAUAUCGAUGGAAUAGAAGGAGACUAUCAUUAUAGUGAAGUAUCAGUUCUUCAACUGGAGACCAAUGAAGCUUUAGAUGACUUGAUUAGUGCACCCAUUCAGAAACCCUUCACCAAGUGAGUCUGUUUUGGUAAUCUUAUUGCCCCGACGCAACUGAUUUAAAACCCCGUGCAAACGCACGCAACAUUGUUGGAUCUUACAUGUUUCGUCUGUUUGCACACCCUGUUGCAUGUUGUAGGGAGUUGUUGUAUCCGUUUGCACGCCACUGCAACACGGACUCAACAACACACAACAUUUUUGGCGCAACAUUGUUAGAAGUUGUUGCGUCCGUUUGCACAUAGCUUGGUUGCUGUAGUUUUUUUUGGCAUUGCAUACACUGUCUGAUGAUUUCAGUCUCAUUUGUUUGUAGCGUCGAAAUUGCAAAUUUAUCACAAUGGCAGGUUCAUAUGUAUUGAGCUAAUUUGUUAGACAGUAAACAGUUUGCCAUGCUGAGUUGCAAACUGUGCUUGUAGGCUGAAUUUGACGAGUUGUUAUCAAGGUCACCAUAGUCCGUUCCACAAUCUCGUCAAUAGACCUCUUUAGCUUGAAUGUUUUGUUUUCCCGAUGAAGGUCUCGAGGGUAUUUGCCCCUUUGUCUUUUCAUAAAGUUUGUGCACAUGUGCAUGGGAAUAAGACGAAAUUUGAAUGAAACAGUUCUCUAGAGUGUUAUCACAAAUAAAACGUACAAGCUAAAGAGGUCUAUCCGUCAUUGGGUUGAACUUCUGGACAUAAGAGAUCUAGCCAAUGUAAAGUCGUCCACUCCCCGAUUUUCUUUGAGAGGAGGGGACGGCUGUUCACAGACUAAAGAACAUCUGAUUAGUGAUAGAGAAGUUAUCAUGAUAGGUUUAGAAGGUGACUUCACCUUGGUGGUAUCUUCAGUUAGGUUAUCUAAACGUCAGUCACUGUCACCGACAGUCCUUUUUUAAGAAAACUGAAAUAACGAUGAGGUUUUCCUCCUUCUUUUCAUCAGAAAUCCAGCUUCUCCUCAUAUGGGAGUGUUUAGCAGGACCAACCCAACAGCCGCCUUCAAUUACGUUAUUUCUCAGAUAGCGAGCAGUGACGUCACAGCUAGUACCCAGGCCUUGGUGCAAUUUGAGAGAGUGAUCAGAAAUAAGAACCAUAAGGAAGUUAGCAAACAUAUAGACCAGGUAAGAUGUAUUUGAUUGGCUGAUGGUUGUAUGUGUGUUGUCAAAUGACGAUUGGCCUCCCUGUUUGUGUGCGGAAAUUGGCCACGCAUUAUUACUUUCUUAUUGGAUGGGUGCGUGCGUACAUUGAUACCAGGGAGCUUUUCCUUUGCUGUAUUCUCCCUUUUCCCACAAUAAAAGCCUGAUCCUCAGGCAAAUGCGGGCGGAGCACUGCUGGUAAUGUUUACUGCAAUAAAGAAUGGCCAUGUUCAACUUUCGUCUAACCCAGUCGGAACCACAAGUGUGAAAAGAUGUUUGAAAUUUGUUGCAAAUUGUAAUUUGUUUACAGACGAAUCACCAACUAGUUCUUAAGAACUCGUUUAAACAUGUCCGUUCCUUCCAGAUCAAAUUUGAAUUUGAAAGUGUUGAUUAUUGAGGAGAUGGGAAAGACGGAGUACCCGGAGAAAAACCUCUCGGAGCAAGGGGGGGAACCAACAACAAACUCAACCCACAUGACACCGAUGACGGGAUUUGAACCAGGGCUACAUUGGUGAGAAGCCAGUUCUCUCACCACUGCUCCACCCUUGCUCCCUAUAACGAAAUUUCUUUUAGGAAACCAAGCUUAUUAGUGAUUAUUAUUCCUUCAGUUUUUGAAUGCAGCCUCUUUGCAACUAAACAUGAUCCUGACCACUCACGUCCCUAACGUGGAGUCGAACCAGCAGCCUGAAGCCAGUGUAUUGAGGCUCAUCAACUGUCUAAUGGACACCAUGUUGAGUGUGUUCUCCAGUGCGCCUCUUGCACGCUCCGUGUCACGCAGCUCACUGAAGCAGCUCAUGCAGGUCUUAAUAACAGUGCUCUCUGAUGACCGCCUGGCAGAGUUACAGGAUGGUCCUCAGAUAAUCAGAGCCAUUAAUAUUCUGAUGGUGAAGGUGAUUGAGAUGUCCGAUCAGACUUACGUCUUAGGGUAAGUCGGGUAGCAUGAGAAGAAAGCGCGCGACAUUUCGGGAUAUCACCGACGGUUUCCCUGCGAAUUGACGUCUGAAGAACGGCUGCAGAAAUUACGUACUAAUGACGUAUGACUACCCAAAUCUGGGAUCUGCUUCUGAUUGGUCGUGCCGCGUGGGAAAUUUGCUUUAACCAAUCAGAAGCACUACCCCCAUCUGCGUUAUGAUACGUCAUCAGUAUGGAACCUCUGCGCUCGCUCCUCAGACUUCGUUUCGUGGUUAAAGCAGUGGUGGCGUCAUGGAAUGUCGGCUGUUAUCUCAGGCUACAAUGCAAGAGGCUUCUUGUGUUUUUGUUUUUACCGCCUUGGAGUGUUAAAUAAAAAUUUCACAUUUGGACAUAAUUGUGUACAGGACUGACCUUUUAGUUGACUUAAAGUUUGUGAAAUCAUAUGGUGACGAGUGAAAUAAGGAAACUAAUUCUAGACGCCGUUUUGUAAUUUCUCAUGUGAAGUUUUCAUGGCAAAAGUAGGGAGGAAUUUAUUACCCAACAUUAAAUCUCUUUUAAGUAGUGUGUUACAAGGCAUCAGACCCUGAUUGAUUGAUUGAAAUGCUACCUUUUUUAUCCAGUAGGAGAAAAGUAAAGCCACUGAUAGUUGACUCCCGUGCAUUUUCUACAGUUAGAUGUGGGCUAGUCCUACAGUUGACUUCCCCAUCAAUGGCGUGAUAACAAGCCUUUUGUAAAUAAAUAGGGGUUACUUAUCCCGGCUUUGGAGCAGAAAAGUUCAAUAGUAACAUCUUAACUUUUAUUUCAGUUCACUGAUCAAACUUCUACAGGACUGUCUUAAGCUUCUUCAAGAAAGUGCUGGCACCUCACUUAGCUCGCCCAAGUUUCUGGACCUUGUUAUGAAGGUGAUUAUUUCCGCGAGGGGUUGACCCGUGGCUUUUUCGGAUCGUUUUCUUUCGUUCGAACGUAUCCAUUUCUGUUUGGAACGGAUAUAUAAUUAAUUCGAAUCGGCCUUAAAAGUAUCUGAAAUUCUCCCUCAACCCCUAACAGCUCGGGCAUCAAGCACUUUUGUAAUCCUUGUCUAACCCAGGCCAGCCAAACCUACAAUCACUUGUCCUUUGACCUCUCUUUCAGCAAUGCUUCGAUUUUCGAGACCAGUGAUGAAAGUAGCUAUGCUUUUUAUCUAGUCUGCUACACAGCCGUUUUUAGUGUCGUCACGCAACGCUCCUCCCCACAGAGUGUUGCGUGACGACACUAAAAACGGCUGUGUAGCAGACUACUUUUUAUCCUGCGGGUUUCGAACAUAAGAAUCUUGAACUUUUGAUCUUAAUAACAGAAAAAUUGACUUAAGACUUGUCAUCUGUCCUAAAAAUUUGGCCCAGCUGAAGUAAAAUAUUGCAAUUCCCUGCAAUAAUUUCUGAAUACUUCAAAUGUAUAUAGACUGUCACGUCAUCAUCUUCAAACAGUUUCGUUGUAUUUGUCCACAUAGUUCUGGAAAGGUUUACUGAACCAUCUUAUUUUUGACACGUGAAUGGUUGGAGAGUCUCCAGAUCUCUUAAGUUUAAGUCGCUUAGUGUUUAAAGAUGAAGACAAGCUCUAGAUAUACAGAUAAUGGGUUUAGGCUAUGUGCAUUUCUAAUCAAUGUUUAGGUGUGAAAAGAAUUGCAAAAAUAUCUAUAACUUUCUUAUUCGUUCAGUCGUUUUUGUCUUCUUUUUAUUUCAGUGCCUUUGGAAAGUUGUUCGUAAUUUACCAAAGACUAUUUCGGAAGUGAAAGUGGAUCAGAUUCUCUUGGAUAUACACACGUUCCUACUUACCCACCCUCACCAGAUGUGGAAAAAUCGUGCAGAUGAUACGCCGCUUAGGACAAUCAAAACAGUUCUUUACACGCUUGGAAAGCUUAAAAAACAAGAGGUCAGUUAUGUUAAUCUUUCUUCGUUGAAUUUUCUUAUAUGUCUGUUGCCUCGUAAAUUGUCAUAUAUAGCGAUCCACGUCACAUGCUCCCUUACCCCUUAGUCCAUCGCGGUAAAAUUGACAGUCGUGUUGUUAAGUUAAGAAGGGCACUGUCAAUUAAUAAUCAGUGAAACUCUAAAGCUACUGAGCUACCGCAAAUCCUCUAUUAACCUGGGGAGGGGAGGGGCGGGGUUGUAUUUGUUUCAAACACAUUUGAAGCGGGAGGCUUAUUUAAUUUAGAAGAGACGAUGGUUUGAGUUCUCCUUAAGGAACUAAAGUAUAAAGUGGAAAAGUUCAAAUACAAGAAUGUUGGAGGUCAUACAGCCGAGGAUCAGAAUCAAAUCCGAACUUCCAGUUGGUAACCAUACCAUCCCUUAUGAGUCCACACGAAGUUUUGCAGUCGUGAUUGAUUAAUACAAUCUAUCAUUAAUUAGUGUAGAAUAAUUUGGGGAGGAGAGGGGGGUGUGAUAGAGACAAGGGUUUAUUAUUAAUAACCCCUUCUUCUUUCUUCCCCUUAAAAGGGGGCUUAUUAGGCGGGGGGGGGGGCGGCGGCUAAAUAGAGGAUUUAUGGUAGAUCUUUGUUCUAAGGAUAGGAGUAUGGCCUCCUCUCCCGGCCAAAGGUUUUUUGUGUGCCUCUAGAGUUUGAUACUGUCUUGAAGUUAAUAAUCCCUAUUACGACUAUAUGACGUUCUCAUUACUCCUUCUAGGAGCUCUCAAACCACUUGGGGGGAGGAAAGCAAGCUGAUAUUUGUAUGACAUAGGUGGCGGCCGUGAAUCUCCAAAUAUGACUGUUGAGUAAUGACAUGAACAGGAAGUGUUAACCAUGGGGAAAGUUGAAAUUUUUUGACUGGAAAGUAACAUUAUUAGCCUUCGCAGCAAGCGUUUCCGUACAGUUUUGGAGCAAAGAAAGAUCGAGGAAAGACGAGAAACGGAAUUUUCGGUUUUGGCCGCGCGAAAAAUGGAACGAGAGCUUUCCUUCCUUUUUUCCUACCCCCUCCCCGCUCUUUUACUUGCCGCAUUUUUCGCGCGGUCUUUGACUCUCGUUCCUAGUUUUUUGCUCCGAAACCAAAAGAAAACGCUUGCUACGCAGGCUACAACAUGAUUGGCUCCAGGACUAGUCUGGUGUUUAUCCAGUGUGCAUUUCAUUGUUUCUUUCUGUAAUUGUAGAUUUUAGGUUGUUUGGGUUUGAUUGAUGAUCCAGAAAACAGUGAAGUAGCCGCUUAUCUGAAGAAAAUUCUGAAGACUGGAAACCGUAAUGAGAAUCACGUGAACGGAAGUGACGCAACCACGUCUCACAAGUCAACAGGCUCGGUACCAGACCUCUUAAUGGGAGUUGACGUGAGUAGAAUUCAAGGAGACUAUGGGACCUACUUUCUUGUAUCCACUACUUUAUGAUAGCAUUCGUUUUACGCAAAGAAGAGAUAAGCUAGGGAGCAAUUGUAAGGGUUUCGUUGUAGUUUGGUACUAAUACGAUACAGAAGACAAUUUUUUCCACAGAUUUACAGAUUCUAGAUAUCAAGAGGUUUGUUAUUAAGGGUAUUGAUAACACGCCAGAAAGUAGAUGAUUUUACUUAGUAUUCCCUGAAAAUUGGAUGACGGUGAGGCUGUAGAAGUCAGUUCGAUAUUUUCAGUUGUUCAAAAUUUCAAUAUCGUAGUUUGACCCAGAACAUUUUUUAAAUGACCCGUGUGGGACAUGUAUGACCCAUUUUGACUAAUUUCUAGAUUGAACACUGCUUACAGAUACUUAAGAGAACUUCCACAGCAAUCAAGUUGUUUGACUCUUUUUUUUUUUUUUUCAUUUCAGAGUAAGUCACAGAACAAAGAGAAGCUUAAUGAAAAGUUGGCUGAAAUUUUUGCCAAAAUUGGUUCCAAAGAGAACACAAGAGAGGUAUGUUGGAUACAUUUUACUUUGUACAAUUUCGCAUUUGCGGCCUUUUCUUUCAGUAUGGCGCAGGUUGGAACUAGUAUGCGUAGUGGCAUUUUAUUAUGUGGUUAGGGCCAUGGCAAGGGUUCAUUUAUUUCUUCCGCCUGUCACGAGUUGUCACAGGGUUUGCACAGGUCAUGAAAAACCAGGAAAGUCAUGAAAUUUUAGAAUUUCAUUUUCCACGUCUGGAAAGUCAUGGAAUUUAGUCGUCGGUCAUGGAAAGUCAUAGAAAAUUAAAGCUGUGUAUGUUAGAUUUGUCUCUGAAGUUAUAAAAAAGACAAGAAAUUAAACAGUGCGAACGCCACGUUUUUUGGUUUAGGCCAGAUUCUCUAUUUGUUUACCCUGAAUGCCAGAGACUUUCCUAGCGCGGUUUGCGGUUUCUGUUAAGUCUUCAUUCGGCCUACGCCCGAAGAUAUGUUGGUCUUCGGCCAACACCGAAAAUUCCCGCCGCACGCGGAGAAAACCUCUGAUACCCAGGGUACCAUUUGUUGAACUGGGUUAUGUAAAACAAUACCAUGAACAAGGAUAGUUUUGAAACUGAGAAGGUCAUGGAAUUUGAAGAGCUCAAGAGAGUAGGAACCCUGUGUCAAACCGAACAGAGAGUCCACCCCUUACCGCAAGGGCUAUGCGGUAUAGUGUAGAUGUGGCCUAAGUCAAGAAAAGAACGCUAAGAAAUCUAACUGGUAGGAGGUAAGCCAGUUGGUGAUUAACAAACAUGGCCGAGGAAUUUCAAGUACAACUCGAGGCUGCCGAGAAACAACGGCAAGUAGUAGUAAUGCCGCGUCUGAAACCCGGAACCACCGGAUUACGAGUCCGACGCUCUUAACACAGCAACCCGGCCUCAUAUUCCUUCCUUGAAUUAAAACUGAGUAUUGUAAUUGGUCUUUUUAUUUUAGGGCCUGGCUGAGCUUUAUGACUUCAAACAGAAAUAUCCUGAUGCAGAUGUUGAUCCUUUUCUCAAGAGAACAUCGGAGUUUUUCCAGAGUUAUAUCGAGAGAGGUCUUAAAAAUAUCGAAAUGGAGAGGAAAGGCCUGGGCAAGAAAGUAACAGGUACUCGUUUGCUUUGUACCUCUUUACGGCGUCGAGCCUCAGGAUUUUUUGGUACACCACCAUGGCUGCCAUUAAAUUGUCUUGGUAUACCAAUAGCGAGCUUAAGCAACGAGAACGCUGACGUCCCGGACGUUAAGAAAUCUUAAUGCCUCGCUGUACGAAUUUUUCGAGUCAAAGCAGUGAAGUAGAGAAAAUAAUAACAUCAACUUCCGGCUGCUGUUUUUGACGUUCGGGACGUCAAGGUUCUCGUUGCUUAAGGUCCCUAAUAUGGCCGCCAUGACGCCAUUUCUGAGUUCCAAAAACCCUCACCUUCUGAGUGUGGCUAAGUGCAAACUCUUUAAUAUGAAAAUGGGUUAAAUUACCCGGUAUGUCCAUGUAAUGCGGACUUAACCUCGGUUAGAAGAGAGUACUUGGGCAAGCUAUUGUUGUGGACUCGCUGUGUCCGUAUACCGUAAAUUGCCUCUUAUAGGCCCUUCUACCCGUAAACAAAUAAUUAAAUUCGAUUAUAAACCCUGCGGAUAUAUAUAAGCCCCUCCCCUCCCCUCUAGCCCCCCUCUGAUUGCGAUUUAUUAUGACGUUUUAAAGCUUGUAAUUAAGAACCAGUAAAUGCAAAACAUAUUUUGAUCAGCACUGCUUUAGCUUGUUUGAAGUGCUUUUUUCUAUUCCGGUUAUGAGCCCCCGAGCAUUUAAGCCCCUUUGUUUAUAAGGCCUCCUAAAACACUUUACCAAGGUGUAUAAACCUAGGGAUUAUAAGCGGCCGUUUACAGUGUACCAAGCGGAAAAUUAAUGACUAAGGUCAGGUCUCUAUCAAAGACUUUUCUCGACUAGUGCCCAAUGGGGGAGACUGCUUUCCCGUAAAGGUAGACCUUUUCUCCGAGAGUUUGAGGUCGACCUAGGGUGCGUUUGCUUUCAAAACCUGUCUCGCUCUCAAAGGAGUUAGAAAGCGGUAUUAAGGAACUGAGUCUGAGGAAGUGUUACACCUUCUUCAGGGUCAAGUACAGUAACCCUUUAAACCCUAAUAUCAAAAUUCAAAUUCUCAUUUGUUAUCCCUUUACGUUUUCAAUAGAAGUAGUGGGGAGAAUUUGUUGAAGUAUCAAUUAGAUUCAUCUUGUGUGAUCAUGUCUACAAUUCUCAUGACCACUCUGUUUUAUAAAGCAGUGAUAUUACAAGGAGAAAUUUGACGCUGAUCACUCCUAGGGCUUUAAAGGUUAAUGGGAGGUGGGUGAGUUGAGAGAGGUCUUUGAAAAGGGGCCUUUGCAUAAUGAAGUAGAUGCCCUUAGGUUUAAAGUUAUCUCUGUGAAGGUCUCAGUAUGUUCCUUUCCUAGUAUGUUCCUUCGGUUUUAAGAAUGAUAUUAUAACUGAUAAGGAUUGAGAAAGAUAAAAUUAAUGGAAGGUGGGUGAGCUGAGAGAGGUCUUUGAAAAGGGGCCUUUGCAUAAUGAGGUAGAUGCUCUUAAGUUUAAUGUUAUCCCUGUGAAGGUCUUAGUAUGUCCCUUUCCUAGUAUGUACCUUCGGUUUUAAGAAUGAUAUUAUAACUGAUAAGGAUUAAGAAAGAUAAAAUUAAUGGAAGGUGGGUGAGCUGAGAGAGGUCUUUGAAAAGGGGCCUUUGCAUAAUGAGGUAGAUGCUCUUAAGUUUAAAGUUAUCCCUGUGAAGGUCUUAGUACGUUCCUUUCCUAGUAUGUUCCUUCGGUUUUAAAUAUGAUAUUAUAAAUGAUAAGGAUUAAGAAAGAUAAAAAUGAACCGUAAAGUGUGUGUUCAACAAUUGACACCACGUUUAAAUUUCAAACGAUAAUCAGUCUUCAAGCUAUAAACCUCGUUAGUUUUUCUUUUACAGACGCUAAACUGAAUAAUAACUGUUUUUUACUGGUGAUUUAUUUCAAAGCAGCUAGCCAACACAGAUACCAACUGGUGAACAACAAAUAUUUCUGUCGUAUAUUCAAAUGCUCAGUGUGAAUUUUUUCUAAUGUAGUGUAAUUCAUUUUCUUUUUCAGGAAAUGCUCCUUUAUCCGGGAAAUCGACCUCUGCAGUUAGUUCUUCCACUGAAGAUGAAAACACAGGUAGAAAGAAAAGCGUUUUGGGUCUUUAUUUAAACGCUUACGGCGGAUUGUUCAUAUAGCGUUAUUCAGUGGUGUCCUUAGCUUAUCAUAGCCUGUGUGCAGCGUGUCCCGUCCCUCCUGCAAUGGGAUGAUUACUUGACUUUUGCGGGAAGGGGUGGGGGUUAGUAAUUUCACAUAAAUGCAAACAGACUUGAAACUAUUCAAACUAUUUAAUGGGCCACUGUAUCUGUAUCGCGCAGCUGUCAGAUCAAUAUACCCCCAUUAUGAGGGGUGGGGGGGGGGCUUGUCUUCAUUUAGGUCUCUAAACUACACCAACGGAGCUCCCGUUGAUCUGAACAUUGUCAAAUUUUAAGGCCGGUCUGAAGGUGAGGACGUUUGUGGAGCCUUAUCCUGUAAUUUUGGGACAAAAAACCGGAAGAGAAAUUCCCAGGAUCAGGCCAUACUGAAGUAUUUCUCGUUCAACUUCUCAGAUGAUGCGAACUCUUACAGAGACAGAUUAAAAGUGUUAAGAAUGAAGGCUGGACUGGAUAAUAGCGCCAACACGACAGAAGCAAAGGUUUGUCAACUACUACCCGCUUAUCUUAGUAACAGAAGUUAGAGGUGAACUUCCAUUAGCUAAGCGGCCUUUCUCAAAUUGAACUGUCUGGAUUUUGUUAGUCUGCGUAGCAAGCGUUUCCGUGCGGUUUCGGAGCAAACAGCGAGGAACGUGAGUCACAGACCGCGGGAAAAAUGGGAUGAGUACAAGAGCGGGCAGCAUCCUCUUUUUGGUUCUCGUUCCAUUUUUCGCGCGGCUGAACCUGUGUUCCUCGUCGUUCCUCGGUCUUUCUUUACUCCGGGAUCAGAAACCGCACGGAAACGCUUGCUACGCAUGCUGGGCUUUUGUCAGCCAGCGUCGCAGACGUAAUUUAACCUCGGUUAGCGCCGAUAUCCUUGAUGUGCCAACGGACUCAACGAAUUACCGGAAGUGCAUUUCGAAUUUCCUUCUAUCCUGAUUGGCAAAUCAACAAUGACAUUUUCAACAGGCCAGUACUUAAAAUGGCGCGUACUCAAAUCCUGGUACACAGGUGGGGGCCCAGAACAAGGAUUUUGGCGCUGUUUCGCAGACGAACUUUUCCAGAGUUUAGCAUCGUAUGUGACGUAGGCAAGCUUUUGUUUACAGUUUGUUUUCAUAGGGGAAGGAAAUAUGUAUCUGUGGGUGCACGAAAGAGUCACGAAACUGGGUUUUGAAUAUAAACUUCUUCGGUUUUUCGAAAGCGUUUGAAAGUACGUGGAAAUACGUCCGUGUCCGCAGGCUACAUUAAAUCAAACUAAACUAAACUUAAGCCAAAAAUUUGUACCCAGAAAACUGAAGUUAGUGACAGAAGACUCCUGGAAUUUGGAGCUGAAGGGUUACCAGAAGAAAGAACUCUUUCGGCUGAAGACAAAGGACCUUCUUAUACGAAUAUUGUAAGUAAUGUUAUUAAUGUAGUAUUUGAAGUGGUUUUUUUCCUUUCCUAACGUAUCCGUUAGCUUUGCUAGGGUUUUUGGUAAGGAGGGAAGGUAGAUAAAUACACUAAAAAGAACUGCUUAUAAUUCUUUAGUCUCCCUCGCGGCCGUUUUUGUCUCGUCACGCAACUCUUCUCGAGCGUUGCGUGACGAGACAAAAACGGCUGUGUGGAAGACAACUAAUCAUUACAUUCUCGCAUUCUCCGGCUUUAUGACUUGGGUACGUAGAGAAGACUCUUUCUAGGCCGGAACCCUCGGGUCACCUUACAUGAACUUUCUCCGAGCAAAAACCCUUGAGACUCCCGUACAUGAACUCUCUUCGAGCGGGAACCCGCGGGACCACCUUAGAUGAAUUCUCUUCGAACGGGAACUUGCGGGACCACUUUACGUGAACGCUCUCUGAGCUGGAACCGUUGAAACACCAUACGCAAACUAUCUCCCAGGGGAAACCUUUGGGACCACCUUACGUGAAUUCUCUUCGAGCAGGAAAUCCCGGGACCCACUCUAGGUGUCCGCUUAAAGAUUUUUGCUUCACAAAUAAAUAACAAUUAUUCACCGAAGUGGAGGUGGCUCGUGGAAUGCCCCGCAAUACCUUGAGCAAAAUAAUUACUACAAUCUCUUUUGACCAAUUACAGUUAAAACUGUUUAAUCAUUGAUCGUUACUGGAAAACUCAAGGUGAUCAGAUUUUUCUUCUUCCUUUUUUGACAGCCCUCGGUCGUUUCGCAAUCGACCGAUUCAACAAACUCAAUAGUCGCAGAUCCAGACAGCAUAUUGGACAUCAAGAAAAGACUCGAACGUAUAAAAAAUAAUUCAAGAAACUGAUAAUGCUCUGCAAUCUUAAGUUUACGUUAUCUGGCGAAGAAAACAAGGCAAUCGAAGUUGUCGUCUUUAAAUUAUCAAACAUACUUAACGUUAAAACUCGCGAAAACACGGAGGAAGAGGCGAGUUACAGCGGAGUCCAUUCCCUGGAAUCAAGCGAAAUCAAGCCUGGAAAGAAUAAAUGGUGUAUUCGCAGCACAGACGCUUUCAUUCUGUAGCUAUCUGUUGCUGGGACAGUCAACAACAGUCUGCGUUUUGAGGAAGUUAUUGCACUUCAUAUCUCUUCUAGCAAACUGCAUCACGUGAAGUUUGUGUCGUAGAAGUGGCAAAAAAAGCAAGAAAACGACGUUAAAUUGUUCAUCGUUAAGCGUAAAACGCUGUGGACAGCAGAAAACUUUGCUUCUGAUGUCUUCGAGGCGCGUGGAGACAUAUUUUGUUUUGGAAACACAGUGCACUUACGUUGAGAACAUGUUCAUGUGCGAUGUGCAAAAGUGACAAAUUAUACACAUCUUUUUCGCUGUGGGUAUUUAAACGUUGGCUUCCAUUUUGUAGGUGACUAAGGGCGCGUUUGAUUGACCGGAAUGUGUUUAAACGAAACAUACCCUAUAGACCUUGUGAUCCAAUGCAAAAGUUGCUGAAACAUGUCUCAAACUGGGCAAAAUACUGUUUUCAGAUGUAUGAAGCAAUCUAGCUUGUAUGACAAGCUUUUGUAGGGAAGAGCCUGAUUCUUAGAUAGAUCAAGGAUCUGGCCCGGUUCCUAUAAAGGUGGUUAAAUAUACCAAAGAUUAAGCCAAAUUUUAAGCACGGUUUUCUUGUCUAAGAACUUGUAACUCAUGCUUACAAAAUACACUUGAUCCUUUUUCUGAGAUACAGUAGUGAUAACACAAAAUGUUUACUCUAAGCAAUGCGUAGGAAGGUAAACAAAAAAAAUUGGAACUAAAUUUUAAUCCUGGAUUAGCGCUAAUCGGCUUUUCAGGAACCGGGGGUCAUGUGUUUGACGUCACUGAGCCUUUGCUUCACACGAGCCAAUGAUACCGCACGUAAGAAAUUUUAAUGCGCGCGAGAACGCGAUUGCCCUCCUUCACCUUCCCUCGCGCGGCUGCCAUACGGCAAUGACCCGAUGGAUCAGGAAGGAUUUGCGCCAGUCAUUCUGUGUAUUCUUAUUACGAAAUGCGAUCAAUCAAACGCGCUCGUGAGUUCCAAGGGAGACAACAAAAUAUCCACUACCCUAGUUCUCAAGGCCUUCUUCUUAAACGCUAGAGCAAAUAGUCUACGGGCUUGGAAAACUGAGAUCUUACAUGUAUCUGCGCUUAUUCAGUGCGGUUUGACGUGCGAGUGGUUGACUUGCAAUAAGAAAGAAAUCCGAAUUCUUUGUUUAACUUGUCUGUUUGUACAACUAGGUUUCGGUACAGUGCCUAGUGGUGGCGCGUUUUACCCGUUGUAUUAGCAAAGUUAAUGAAAAAGAGUGAUUUAGGGGAUCAUAAACCGAAGAAAGGCUGGUCCACACAGUUCGGACCGAAGAGUUAUAGUUUCAUUCAAGAAGCUGUUCCAUUUUUCAUAUCAGAUACUAUAAAUAGGUGUG